AUGGCUCCAGCUAAGCGACAGACGUGGAUCGACGUCUACGAUCCAGAGACGGGCCAUUACAACUCUCAACUAGUUACUGGCCAAGCUUCUGGCCAAGCUUCUGGCGUAAAUCUACCUAACAAAGUUCAAGAGGACACAGCCGAUUACAGCGUCAAGCGUCCUCAAGAGAAUGUGCAUGAACUGCCUGGCUCCUCAGGAACUAAUGAUAGCACCUCGCUUAAAGAUACUACAAACGGGACUCGCCGCCCUAAUAACUCAACUACCGACAAAGUUAAAGCUCAACCAAUUGCCAAGAUUGAGCGUAGUCUACCAAAGCGCGGGGGGCUAUCGCAAAGCCGUUGGGCGCCAAAAGAGGAUGCCAAUGAGACCAAAAGCGAUCAACAGUUGACCGCGCUUACUAGCCUAUAUGAGAGUCAGCAUAACUCAAAUGCAGUUGCAAAGCAAUUGGACAAUUCAAACAAACCCGUUGACUCUGACGUUGUACAUGAAGUCUCUAAGGCACUAGCUACUACCACCCUAGUAGAUGCUGUCGAGAGAAACUCCCGGCUUCACGACCCCAAUGAUGCGCGGGCGAAUACCGGAUGUAAUGUCGGACUGAAGGACCACAAGCAUGCUAAGACGGCGGAGGAUGAAUCUCCACCCAUUGAAAAGUUUUCGUGCCUACCAAAAUAUGCCGAGAAAUACGUCAAGAAUUGGAUUCAGUCAACUCGUGAGAUUACCGUGGAUCUCCAUCCAGAAGGGGUUACAAGUCCAGAACGGUGCGAUGUAGACCCCGAAACAGGCCGUCUCAUGGCACCGGUGAUUUCUGCUUCCGAAGUGCAAGGUAUAGUCCAGGAGAACCCGGUAGAACCUAAGGAUAAUGCUCAGCCUCUUACGGAGGACUCAUUGCCCGAGGAACUCAAACCAAAAAGGGAGUACAGAAGUGAAGAGGACGUGCCUAGGAAGCGCCUUGAAGUCCGCCUAGUCUACCCUGAAAAAGUCUCCAAUCCGCGUGAGAUCAGAGUGCCGUGCCACCUCCGACCGGCCAGGAGAGACGAUAUGAUGCAGGUAGCGGCAUUGUAUAAUGAAGAGAUGGACGCCAGUUAUAAGCUACCGGACAAGAGACAAGUCGGCCAUCACAAGUGGUUCAACAUCUAUGAUGGGUGCUGCACCGAGAACAUGCCAUUUUUUGUUGCCGUCGAUGGCUGGUAUAAUGCCGCCGCUGAGAACAAUGGACCCGUCAUUGCAUUUGCCGUGAUGGACGUCGCUGUAAGAGGCAUCUUUGGCUCCUACAAGACAUAUGCGAUGCCCUGUGGGAAGCUCACAGUGGUUGUACAUCCUGAUUACCGUCGUCAGAAUGUAUGCUCAGCAUUACUUGACGCAGUCUUUACCUGCUGCUCGACAUAUUAUUCAUCGCGAGAGGGAUACGUGUUUGUGAAUAAAGACCAAGACCGUAGAUAUAUGACUCCGAACCACAAUGUACGCCAAUGGAGUUAUAUCGAUAUUGAGGUUGUUGUUCCAAGUGGAUCUUCAAAAAAGGAGGUCGAGCAGAACGAGCGGUUCAAGUGGGUUGCAACUUACUUGAGCAAAUAUUUCGACAUGUCGAUCGUUUACCACGACGAGAAGCUAUUCCGAGAUGAUCGAUACAAAAACCUAUGGCUCGACAGAAUUACCUUCCGACACCAAUGCCGUCCCCGAGGAUCUUGA